AUGGGCCAAUUCAGCCACCUCAGAGUGAACACGUACAAUCUCUUGCUCGUCAUCUUCGUAGGGCUGGGGACCAUAUCGACGGCCUAUGGCCUCGCGAUUAUCGGGUCGACGGUUGGACAGCCGAACUUCUAUACUUACUUCAAACUUGCGCCAGCAGGCGAACCAGGAUAUGCGCAUACUACGAGCAUGAUUGGAGCCUUGAACGGUGUGAAUAGCGCAGGUGCGAUCUUUGGCUGCCUUUUCAACGCGUGGACCUCCGAGAAGUACUCUAGGAAGUACAGUAUGAUGGGCGGCUGUGUAGUGCUCAUCAUAGGCGGCGCCCUGUGCGCUGGCGCAUACGACAUAGCCAUGUUCCUCGUCGGCAGGUUCAUUGCAGGCUGGGGCGCAGGCAUGCUGGCUUGUGUGGUGCCCAUGUACCAAGCCGAGGUCUCGACGCCAGAAACAAGAGGGGCGAUGGUUUGCGUGACGGGCAUCGCGUAUGCCUUUGGCUACACUCUAGCUGGCUGGCUCGGCUUCGCCUGCUUCUUCAUCCCGGCAGACUCCCCCAAUGCCCAGUUUGCAUGGCGGUUUCCUCUCGCGUUCCAAUGCUUCUUUCCGCUCAUGGUCUUGUGUGGCUGGAAGUUUAUCCCUUUCUCGCCGCGAUGGCUUCUGCAGCAAGACCGCAGCAAUGAGGCCUUGGACGUGGUGAAGAAACUCCACGCUUCCUCCAGCGAUCCAAACCAUGUCCGCGCCCGCGAGGAGUUCUUCCUCAUCGAGAAGCAGUAUCAGCUCGACAGGACUAUGCUAGUCCGUCGCUUCGAGCUCUUCCGUACGCCUGCGAACCGUCGUCGCGCGCUGGUGGGAUUCCUUCUGAUGUGGGGGGAUCAGUUUCUUGGAAUUUUUGUAUUGACGAACUACGGUGUGCUAAUCUACGCGUCUCUUGGUCUGACUGGCUUCGUCCCUUUGCUUCUCAAUGCCUGCUGGACGACCUUCACCAUCAUCGGAAAUUUCUGGACAGCGCUCUACAUCGAUAGGUUCGGACGUAGGACGUUCAUGUUGAUCGGCUCAACGGGCUGCACCGCAUGUGUGAUAUUCCUCUGCGCCUUAACAGCCAAAUACCUAGGAACAACCAAUGUAGCCGGACUGCGGGCGGCCGUGUUCUUCAUCUUCUUCUACAUCUUCUGGUGGUGCUUCUUCAUCGACGCUACCCAAUACGUCUACGUCGCAGAAAUCUUCCCGAACCACCUUCGCCCACAGGGUGUCGCUCUCGGUCUCUCGUCGUUCUAUCUCGCGAGCGAGAUAACGCUUGUUGGGGCUCCAGUCGCGUUGGAGAAGAUCGGGUGGCGGUUCUAUCUCGUACUGAUAUGUCCGUCGGUCGUGUACAUUGUCCUCAUAUACUUUUUGUUCCCAGAGACGAAGGGAAGGACCCUGGAAGAAAUUGGCGCUCUGUUCGGCGACGAGCAGCAUGUUGCUUCGCGGUGGUACGGCAUGUCGGAAGCGGAGAAAGAGAAGAUUGCACACGAAGCUAUUGCAGAACUGCCCGAGAACGGCGAGGAUGCUGGGGUAGGUAUGGAGAAGGCGAGGGCGACGAGGACAGAACAUGCCUAA